GCACCGCAGACACGCCGUGAAACCCUGCGGGGAUGUUGCGGGAUCAGUCUGUUUAUUGAACCGUCUCUGCGUUAGAUCUUCCCCGGCUUCAGGCACGCGGAGCCCGGUCCUCCAUCACGUCCUCCGCCGCCUCUCGCAGCGGGUUGCCGGGGAUGGUGGCGGGUUUGUCCGGUGCAGAGACAGCAGAGACGGUAAAACGCGGAUCUGAUGCGCGGAGAUGAGAAGAACCUGCUGACGGAGGGAGGACGGACACCGUGCGGAACAGCACGAAGGGAUGGCUCCAUCUGUGUGCACGGCUCCUCCCGAGCGGGCGGAGCUGCAGCUAAAGAACUGAUGGAAAACAUUCAGGAAAUGUAACUUUGAUUGUGUUUGUGCAGAAUGAAGCUGCUGACUGCUGGACCUGAACCUUCUCCUGAGGGACGGGGUCAUCAGGGAUGUGACCACAGACCCAAACUAGCCAAUGUUAUCCCCUUAAAGCCCCCCUGAUCCUGGUCCUGAUCCUGAUCCUGAUCCUGAUCCUGAACCUGAUCCUGGUCCUCAGGCUUCAGGAUCAGAACAUCUGUCUCUCUGCCAGAUGUUUGAAGGUCAGACUGAAACCUCCUGACUGGCUCUGAGCACAAACUUCACUGUUUAUUCUGGAAGCCCCGCUCAACCGUGCGACCUGAAGCAUAAAUCGAGCGCACCCCGGCCGGUGAGCUCUGCAGACGACACUUCUGUAGUGCGGCAGGGGGCGUUCUGUUCUGCGUCUGCGCAGAGACAGAGACAGAGUCUUGAACCUGAACCAGGUUUUCAUGAGUCUGUGAAGAUCUUCCUCAGAGCUUCUUUCCCAGCAUGGAUUAGUGAGUAAAGGUAAGCGUGUGUCUCCCUGUCGAGGCGGAUUUCCAUCCCUCUCCUCUUCACUCCAGUCUCACACACCGACCUCGACUGAACCGCCGCCGCCUCAUCUCAUCCCGACUGGCUGCAGACUCAUGGAGGCUGAACACUUUGCAUGCAUGUGUGUUUGUGUGUGAGUGUGUGUGAGUGUGUGUGUGUGUGAGUGUGAGUGUGUGUGUGUGAUUGGUUGGUUGUUUUGUCUCGGACCAUCGUGCGAUGACAUUACUCCCUCAGGAGGCAGAGCGAUUCGAUGGGCUGUCUCUCCUCUACUGGACGAUCAUGGGCCCACAUGGCAUCAACCGAGCCGUACAGAGGCUGGAGUUCUGCGACUGCAGGAAGGGUCUCGGUGUGAAGAUAACUGGAGGUUACAGAGAGUUGACAGGGGAAGAGUUUGGCAUCUACAUCAAGCGUGUGGUAGGCGGCGGGCUGGCAGCUCUGGACGGUCGGCUUAAGUCAGGUGACCUGAUUUUGGAUGUCAAUAACAUCAGUCUGAUAGGGGUGACCAAUGACAGGGCGGUGGAGAUCUUGAGGACAGCCUCGCUCUCCAAUCACAUGUCGCUCCUCAUCGCCAGAGACGAUGAAUCCAGGAGGGAGUUUGCUGAGUUGAUGGAAAAGUACGGCUCCAAUAAUAUCACAGCUUCAGGACGAAUCUCUCCUACUCAGCUGUCCACAGGGAAGCUGACAGACACGGCCUCCUCCUCCUCCUCUUCCAGAUCCGAGAGCCCCCAGCUCCUCAGCCCUAAAGAGGGGGUCACCACCUACACCCACGCCCCACCUCACGCUGCCAACCCCGUCUACACCGCGCACACGCCCCCGCACGCCUCCAGUGACAGUGUCAUUCAGUUGAUUUGUGUUGCCAAGGCAACAGGCCUGGGGCUCGUCGUCAAGGGCGGAGCCAACCGGGCAGAAGGACCAAUGGUGUUCAUUCAGGAACUAGUGCCUGGAGGAGACUGCCAGAAGGACGGCAGGCUGCAGGUCGGUGACCAGCUGGUGUCCAUCAACAAAGAGUCCCUGAUCGGAGUGACGUACGAGGAGGCGAGGAGCAUCCUGACACGAACCAAACUCAGACCGGACCCCACCGUGGAAAUUGCCUUCAUCCGGCGGAGGUCGUCCUCCAGCUCCAGCAGCGGGCCUCACAGCCCCAUCUCCCUGCAGGGGUCCAGCGGUGGAGGUGGACCCCAGACGAAGGCCCCUGGGCUGGGCGCCAUGCCUCCUCCUCCUGCUGUGGUCACCAAGAUCACCUCCAGCCGAAACCCGACGAGCGAGACUCUGCCAGCAGUCAACGUGAGCCAGGUGCGAGUGUCUCCAGCCAGGACAGAGCAGACUCACGUCUCGUCCCCACCAGAGAGCGACAGCGUCCCUGAAACAAAGCCCGAAGCUUCCAGCAGUCAUCAGAGGAAAUGUUCCCUCAGCACCAGCUGUCGCCUCAAACUGGAGAGACUGGAGCAGGCUCUGGAUCUGCUCGGUCUGAAGCCCACAGAGGCUCAGCGGCAGGCGAUCAAGUCCAGACUACGAGCUGAUCCAGCUGGGACGGUGGCCUUCACAGACUUCGAGAGCCUGAUCAGGGAACUGUUCAAGCCUCAGCUGGAGGAGUCGGCCUUCUCCCAGCCGGGGUCAAGGUUCACCUCUGAUGACCUGUCCACUUUGUUGGAGUCACCAAGCAACGCACAGCCGUCACUGUCGGACUCGGAGGACCUGGAGGAGAUGGAGCGGCUGAGGAAGGAGCACAUCGAGGCUCUGAGGGAGAUCAAGAGGCUGCAGGAGCAGCUCAUCGAGUCUCAGAGAGUCCACCACCAGAUGGAGGACGAGCUCAGCAAAGUCAGACAGGAAGUCAAACUCGGCGCCGAGGAGAGUCGGGCCCUCAGGACUCGGAUCCAGUUGGCCGAGGCAGCUCAGAAGCAGGCGAGGGGGAUGGAGAUGGACUACGAGGAGGUGAUCCACCUGCUGGAGGCCGAGAUCGCCGAGCUGAAGACUCAGAGAGUGGAGCAACCGGCGUCAACCAAUAAGGAGGAGACGGACGAGCUGAAGAAGAGAGUCGCCGUCCUGGAGUGUCAACUACGGAAGAGCGAGGCGACCAAAAAGGGCUUUGAGAUGUCGACGGGCAAACUGCUGAGUUUCGUCGAGAACGUUCAAGAGUUCCUGCUCGAGAGCCACGGACCAACCAACAGCUACAGCUCCGGAGAUGUAAAGGUCGGUUCGAUGUCUCAGGGCGUCCCUGCUCGCUACAAGAAGACUCCCUGGACUUCGGCCACGCUCGCCCAGGAGGCGAAGGAGCUCACAAGGACUGUCCGAGCCAUCCUGGAGGUGGACUUGCUGACCUUCUAGAAGACCCGCCUGUCGGAGCACAAAGGCAGCGAGGCUCUGAGACAUCAGCAGGAAACAACAGCUGCCCGUGAACUCGAACUCUGUUCCCUGACUCCUCAUCUCCUCAGUACCUGCUAGCUUUGGACUCACAUCUGCAUGAAACACCGUUUUUUCUGUCACUGCACUUCUCUGAAUAGAACAGUUUUAUUCCAGUGUUUUACCCUGAGUAAUGUAGAAGAGAAAUGUUUGUUUGUUUGUAGCAUUAACUCUCGACUCAAACUGCCGUGUGGUCUUUAGAAAACCUGUCUACAGGUUAACACUGGAGGAGAUCACUGUAAACAUGAUGGACUACAUCAACGUUUAAAGUUUUUGCCCGUGACUGACACGAGCUGUAGCGGUUGAGGUGAAUCAACAUGUAAAUGUUUUAUGUUUGUACGUUGGCCAUCGUCAUUUCCAGCCACAGCGCUGCUGAAACACGUUACAGCAGGACUGUGGAAGGACGAAUCACUGUCAGCUCCUCCAAACUAAAGGCACUUAAUGCAGCUUUAAGUUCUUCUGAAGCUAAGAGAGUCAGAUCAUGGCUGAAGUGAGUGACGAGCAAAACUCCACAAACGUUGGUGUCGUCCGUUUAAUGACCCCCCUCUGUGUCUCUAUAAUCCUUCAUUUAACAAGCAAUAGAAACAGUUUGAAACUCUAACGUCACCACGUCACAUGGUUUCCAUUCACUGUAGCUGACGUUCUGUCGCAGAGCGAGUUCAGACGGUUGGACAAUAACUUCCUGUCUGUCUCCCUGUUAUUUAAUCAAUGCUCGUGUUUGUGCAGUAGCUUAGCCAGACAAACAAAGAAGCAUCAAACAUUACAGGAGGAGAAACCCUGAGCCCUCGAGGUCAGAGGUCAGGAGGAGCCUCAGGAAUCCUGCAGCCAGCAGUGACUGAAGGACAGUCGAGCCCGAUCGACGCUUUAGUCGCUUUUAUCACGUUUGCAGAUAUUUGCUGUUUGUGCUUUUUCUUUUUCUGAGUAAAUAUCCUGAAACAA